AUGCAUUCUGCCUUGUCUCACUCUUUAUUCUGGUCCCACUUUCAUCCAGCCCCAUUCUCCUCCAUGCUAGGCAUUAGAAUAUCCACGCGGCUUGGAAUCGGCGCGUCGCCACGCAUAACAGCGCGUGCGCUGCUCAAAAACACCAUGGUGUUUCGCCGCACAGUGAAAACACCCACCAUCGACUGGAAACCCAUCAAGUCGUCUGUCACCAACUUGGCUCGUGCAGAGAACCAGUCCAAACUGCCAAUAUUCCGCCGCUUCAUCUUGGGCUUGAUGAUCGCCAUGCCUGUCAUCAGCUUUUUCUUGGGCUGCUGGCAGGUGAAGCGUCUUCGCUGGAAAGUGGACUUGAUCUCGCGCUGCGAGCAUCUUCUUGCAGAACCGCCGUUGGACGGAUUGCCCGCCAACAUCGAUCCGGCGGCGGUCAAGGACUUCGAGUUCCGCCGCUUCAAAAUCCGUGGCCAUUUCGACUAUAGCCAGGAGUUGUUCCUUGGCCCGCGCAUGAGAAACGGCGAAGUCGGCUACCUUUUGAUCACGCCGUUUGUUCGUGCCGACGGCGGGAAGCCCAUUUUGGUGGAGCGCGGCUGGAUCCGCAAGGAGAAAGUGGUGCCCGCCACUCGGAGCACAGGCUACUUGUCCCACUUGGCCGUGCCUCAAGGCGAGAUUGAGAUCGAGGCCAUGCUCCGUGUGAUGCCCGCAAAAUCUUACUUGCAAUACGAACACGAGGAAGGCACUCGUUUGUUCCACGUGCCUGAUGUGGAGGCGAUGGCGCGUGAGACAGGCUCGUUACCCGUGUAUGCGCAGAUGAUGUACCUGUUGCAAGACCAGCCCUGGAAAGGACCCGAAGAAACAAAAAACGAGGAGAAAAGUUGGAAUUGGAAAGCACUAUGGGGAGACAGAGGAAGCAACACGGAAAGUAGCACCGUCCAUCUCUCGCCUGAAGACGCGACAAUGGAGUGGCAGGAGUUUGAAUUCAUCAAUCAAGGUGUGCCUUUGGCCGCAGUGCCUAAGGUAACGUUCACCAACAACCACAUGCAAUAUCUUCUCACGUGGUUUGGAGUACUGAUAGCCAGUACUUUCCUUUUGGCAUGGAGCGUCUACAAGCGGCGCGGCCUGCUGAGUGCUGACAAGUUAAUAGCGGCCAAGCGCAAGGACAUGAAGAAGCGCAUGUGA